AUGAAUCAAUUUUCCGGAGAAAUUACAUUUUCCCUUUCCAAUCUAACAAAGUUGGAAGUGUUGAGAAUACAGAGAAAUUUUGUCCAAGUUGAUGUCCCUUGGGAACUCGGUGAUCUUGGUUACAUGGUUAUAUUAGACCUGCAAUAUAAUCAUCUUACUGGAUCUAUACCACCGUCAAUCUUUAACAGUAUGAUGAUGCAAGUGAUUGCUCUAAGCGGCAACAAUCUUACUGGAAAGCUUCCAACAACUAUAUGCGACCAUCUUCCAAACUUGGAAGGGCUUUACCUCUCAAGAAACUCCCUAGAUGGAGUUAUUCCACCAAACCUGGAGAAAUGCAGAAAGCUUCAAGUCUUGUCAUCGUCAUUCAAUGAGUUUAUUGGAACUAUACCAAGAGGGUUACCUAAUUUAACAACUCUUGAAAUAUUAAAUCUGAGAGGACAAAACUUGGAAGAAAACAAGCUUCCAGGUACUCGACCUUCAGAUUUAGGUUAUGGAAUGCUCAUCUUAGAAGUAUUUAUUUGUGCAGAAAAUAAUCUGAGUGGUUUUAUAUAUGCUUCCAUCUCAAAUUAUUCAAGUCUCAGAGUACUUAAUCUCUCAGGCAAUAGUUUCACAGGUCAAAUUCCUGAAUCACUCGGUAACUUAAAGCACCUUCAGUUCUGA